AGACUCCCAGCACUACAGGCUUUCUGUUUCCUCCCAACCCACCGCCAGCAUAAAUUUGUAAUACCGGCAAAAUGGUCAAGAAGAGAAAGAAUAACGGUCGCAACAAGAAGGGUCGCGGCCACGUCAACCCUAUCCGCUGCAGCAACUGCUCGCGAUGCACUCCCAAGGAUAAGGCCAUCAAGCGCUUCACCAUCCGCAACAUGGUUGAGUCUGCUGCUAUUCGUGACAUCUCGGACGCCUCUGUCUUCGCCGAAUACACCGUUCCCAAGAUGUACCUUAAGCUGCAGUACUGCGUCUCUUGUGCCAUUCACGGCAAGAUUGUCCGUGUCCGUUCCCGCGACGGCCGCCGCAACCGUGCCCCUCCCCCUCGCGUCCGAUACAACAAGGACGGCAAGAAGAUCACUCCUACUGCCCCUAAGGCUUAAAUGGGUUUGAUUUUCUAAUGGGUUGGAGUCCGGAUGGUUAUAUGUUUACGUCUGCAUUGAAAUGACGAUUUGGAACGAAGACAACUGGGCUAGCAGUUCUGAAUAAAAAAGUUAAACGACCCAG